AUGUGCGAGCGCAAAACCCGAAAGUUCGUCUGCAAUCGCUGCUCCAACUACAUCUUCGUCGAAGACCCCCAAGAAACCACCUGCAAACAGAAAGAAGACGACAAACCCUGCGGCCAUCUCGAUCAACUCGACAUCGUCAAAUGCGAACCCACCCUCUGCACCCGAUGCUCCUCCUUCCCAUCCGACAGCCCUGUCCCCUUCAUCGGUCCACCUGACCUCGCACCCAUGGACGGCUGCGACCCUCAGUUUCGUUGCGGAGAGCUUUUUCUUAUCCCGACGAUUACUCAGCGUCAGAGUCGGGAAGCUGUGAUGAAGCCUACAGGAGUUCGGCAGCCCUCGGGUUCCAAAGUAUGUGCUCCUGACGAGGUCAAGAUUGCUAAGAUUGAUGAAUUGGUUUCGAGAUUGAAGAAAGAGCUUGCCAAAAGGGAGGCUGCUGAAGCAGAGUCUAAGGCCACGGCGGAAGAGUCAUGUAUGGGUACGGAGUGA